UUCAGUGACUCGGCUCGCCGUAGAUAGCUAACCUGCAUUGUAGCCAGUCUAGAUAUUUUUCCAAGCUAGCUGCUGCUAGCAGUAGCCUAUGUAGUUACUUAAAAUAGUUGAUUCCUUCUUAUUUUAUAUGAAAAUAAUAGCUGUUACUCAUGAUGUUCUAACUGCAUCUAUUUUUCUGGCAUGAUUGUUUGAGCCUCGCCCUGCAGUGAUACAGCAUUUUUGGAUUACAAUAUACCGUCAAAAUAAGUGGAAGAUGUCAGACAAAAGUGACCUUAAAGCCGAGUUAGAGCGCAAGAAACAGCGCCUGGCCCAGAUCCGUGAGGAGAAGAAACGGAAGGAAGAGGAGAGGAAAAAGAAAGAGUCAGAGAUGCAGCAGAAGACAGAGGCUGUUCCAGAAGAUUCUGACUUGGACCGCAAGCGAAGAGAGACUGAAGCUCUACUACAGAGUAUUGGGAUCUCCCCAGAACCCCCUCUAGUCCCAACCCCUAUGUCUCCUUCUUCGAAAUCAGUGAGCACGGCCAGCGAAGCCGGCAGCCAGGAAUCAGUGGAUGGAGGGACGGUCGGAAGGACCCUACAGUGGGAUACUGACCCCUCUGUUCUCCAGCUGCAAGCUGACUCUGAGCUCGGCCGCCGGAUGCAUAGACUGGGGGCCUCUAAAAUUACACAGGUGGACUUCCUGCCCAAAGAGGUGGUGUCAUACUCUAAGGAGACUCAGACUCCUCUGGCAGCUCAUCAGUCUGAAGAGGAAGAAGAGGAUGAAGAAAUCACUGAGCCCAAACCUGGGCCAGAGACUGAUCAGCAGGAGGAGGAGGAGAACAGGGAGACCAAAGAAAUCCACCCUAGGGAGCUCACAGAGGAAGAGAAGCAGCAGGUUCUUCACUCUGAGGAAUUCCUCAGCUUCUUCGACCGCACCAUCCGUGUGGUGGAGCGCGCGCUGGCCGAAGAGUCCGAUAUCUUCUUUGACUACAGUGGCCGUGAUCUGGAAGACAAGGAAGGUGAUGUUCAGGCUGGAUCAAAUUUAUCCUUCAACCGCUUGUUCUACGAUGAGCACUGGUCCAAACAUCGAGUUGUCACUUGUUUGGACUGGUCUCCUCAGUACCCUGAAUUGAUGGUGGCCUCUUACAACAACAAUGAGGAUGCCCCACAUGAACCGGAUGGGGUUGCGCUUGUGUGGAACAUGAAAUUCAAAAAGACCACGCCAGAGUACAUCUUCCACUGUCAGUCCUCGGUGAUGUCAGUUGGCUUUGCCCGAUUUCACCCCAACCUGGUUGUGGGGGGUACUUACUCUGGGCAGAUAGUGCUUUGGGAUAACCGCAGUCACAGAAGAACACCAGUGCAAAGGACACCACUGUCUGCUGCUGCACACACACACCCUGUUUACUGUGUGAACGUUGUGGGGACUCAGAAUGCCAACAACCUGAUCACUGUGUCCACUGAUGGGAAGAUGUGUUCCUGGAGUCUGGACAUGCUGUCACAGCCCCAGGAGAGCAUGGAGCUGGUGUACAAUAAGUCCAAGCCAGUGGCGGUCACAGGCAUGGCUUUUCCCACUGGAGACGUCAACAAUUAUGUGGUGGGGAGUGAGGAGGGGAUGGUGUACACAGCGUCACGUCACGGCAGUAAGGCCGGCAUUGGGGAGAUGUUUGAGGGCCACCAGGGGCCUGUCACUGGUAUCAGCUGUCACAAUGCUGUCGGCCCGAUUGACUUCUCCCACCUUUUUGUCACCUCAUCCUUUGACUGGACUGUGAAACUGUGGACCACAAAGCACAAUAAGCCACUCUACUCCUUUGAGGACAAUGCUGACUAUGUGUAUGACGUGAUGUGGUCUCCAGUGCACCCUGCACUAUUUGCUGCUGUUGAUGGAAUGGGACGGUUGGAUCUGUGGAACCUGAACAAUGACACAGAGGUGCCCACUGCAAGUGUGACCAUUGAAGGUGCGUCUGCCCUCAACCGGGUGAGGUGGGCCUCAGGAGGCAAGGAGGUGGCAGUGGGCGACUCUGAGGGACGUGUCUGGAUCUAUGACGUAGGAGAGCUGGCUGUGUCCCAUACUGAGGACUGGACUCGCUUUGCUCGCACGCUGGUGGAGAUCCGUGCCAACCGGGGUGAUGGUGAGGAGGAGGGCGCCAUGGAGCUGGCAGCGUAAAAUGGUGGCACUGGUCCGACAACAUGGCCCUCCUACUUUCACUACUGCGCUGCAAAAGGGAGCACAUGGACGGUGCACACAGACACACACGCGCGCGCACACUUAAGUCCCAGUCUUAACCUGUACUGUAAUCCAAGCAUGCAUGAAAACAUUUUGUUGCGUUUGUUUCACAAACAAAUACAGCGGCCACAUGUUUCUGUUACUGUUCCAUAAAUUAGCUCUAAAAUGGCAGUUUAUUCUGUUGUCUGAGCUUGUAUUGUACAGUAGAAUAUAGCUUUAUUUAAUGCCUGGAAAUCUAUGGUGAUAAAUUAACAGGUUGUGUAGCUGCUAGUAAAAUCAUGUCAGGCUUUCAAUGACAAUGUGCAAAUGGGUUGCUCGCCCAGUGUAGGAGAGAGAGCCACAAGUGAUUAACACUAGUAUCUCACUCACAGCAUGCUUGUAAAGUGUAUCUCUCUACUUAUGUCCUGCAGCUUGCUGCAUGAAAAGCAGUCAAAUUAUUGAAAAUGUUGUUUGGAAUAGGUGCCUGAAUCUUUGCUGUCAUGUGAAUGUUAAGGUGCUGAAAAUUAAAUUGAGAUUAACUGGUUACAUAUCGUAA